AUGGCAAUCGCGGUACUUUGCUCGACCUUGGGUCUCUGUUCCGUCUCAUCCUCAUCAAACCUACUACAACAACGGACCUCAUCCCCGAAGCAUCGACUCACUUCGGUCAAAUCAGUAACAUCCACGACUCCUCCGUCUUCUAGGGGUGUUCAACGGAGGCGGAAGAAUAAUGAUGAAAACGGAGCUAUGGUGGAAAAGGUGGUGGAGAAUCCGUAUGCCAAAGUGGAGGCGGCCCGUCCUGAUUUGAGGAAGAGCUUGUCCGAUUUUUUGGAGGAAGCGAGAGGUUUCAUGGGAGAUGGAGGAGGUCCACCUCGUUGGUUUUCUCCGUUGGAGUGCGGUGCUCAUGCUCCUGGCUCCCCUCUCCUCCUCUUUAUCCCUGACUUGGUGAAGCUUAUCGAGAAGAUUGUUAAGUCAGAGUACCAUCGGUUCCAAAACAGACCUAUAUACUUAGUUGGAGAAUCUAUUGGAGCAUGUCUUGCUUUAGAUGUUGCAGCCAGGAAUCCCAAUAUUGAUCUUUCUCUGAUCUUGGUUAAUCCAGGCACAAAGCUCUCUGUCUCCACACAUGUUAACAACUUCAUUUCGCAGCCUCUAUCGGAAAUGCUUAAUGCUUUACCAGAUGGUAUUCCAAAACUAUUGGAAGAUAUCUUCAAUGUUAAGCAAGGCGAUCCGCUGACUGGAAUGUUAGACGCUUUGUCAAAUAAUUUUUCUGGCCAGCAAAUGGGCGGAGUGAGUGGAGGGAUGCUAAGAGAUAUCCUUGCUGUUUCAACUAAUCUUCCUGUAACCACACAUGUCAACAACUUCAUAUCGCAACCUCUAUCAGGAAUGCUUAAUGUUUUACCAGAUGGUAUUCCAACACUAUUGGAAGAUAUCUUCAGUGUUAAGCAAGGCGAUCCGCUGACUGGAAUGUUAGAGGCUUUGUCAACUGAGUUUUUUAGCCAGCCAAUGGGCGGAGUGGGUGGAGGGAUGCUAAGAGAUAUCCUUGCUGUUUCAACUAAUCUUCCUACUCUUGGUAGGAUGUUGCCUAAGGACACACUGCUUUGGAAGCUGGAAAUGCUCAAGUCUGCUAUUGCUUCUGUGAAUUCUCACAUAUACUCAGUCAGAGCGGAAACACUCAUACUUCUAAGUGGACGCGAUCAAUGGCUACUGAAUGAGAAAGACAUUGACAUAUACUCGCGCACGUUGCCAAAAUGUAUAGUCCGUAAGCUUGAUGAAAAUGGACAGUUUCCCCUUUUGGAGGAUGGGGUAAAUCUGGCUACGAUCAUUAAGUGUACUUCUUUUUAUCGCCGUGGGAAGUCUCAUGAUCACAUUACGGAUUAUAUUAUGCCUACCACAUAUGAGUUAAAACAACAAGUAGACGAUGACCGAUUGGUAGUGGCUAGUACUUCCCCUGUAAUGCUGUCGACUCUAGAAGACGGAACAAUUGUAAGGAGCCUCGAAGGAUUACCUUCAGAGGGACCUGUUCUGUACGUUGGCUAUCUCAUGUUAUUAGGAUUUGACUGGGUUCCAAGGGUAACUCAAAUCAUGAAAGAGAGAAACAUUCACCUGCGGGGUUUGGCACAUCCCAUGUUCUUUAUAAAUCCCCAAGACUCGAUAGUCGACAUGAAGAUGUUUGACAAAUACAAGAUGAUGGGUGGAGUUCCAGUCUCUAAUUUCAGUAUUUACAAACUACUGCGUGUAAAGGCUCAUGUGCUUUUGUAUCCUGGAGGUGUCCGUGAAGCCUUGCAUAGAAAGGGUGAAGAAUACAAGCUGUUUUGGCCAGAACGAUCCGAGUUUGUGAGAGUUGCAUCGAAGUUUGGAGCAAAAAUCGUUCCUUUUGGUGUUGUUGGAGUAGACGACAUCUGCGAAAUUGUACUGGAUUCCAAUGAUCAAAGGAAAAUCCCAAUAUUGAAGGAUUUUAUGGAAAUGGCAACAAAUAUUGCUGGCAACAUAAGGGAAGGCGACGAGAGCGAAUUGGGAAACCAAGAUAUCUAUUUACCAGCAAUUCUACCUAAGGUUCCAGGGCGGUUCUACUAUUACUUUGGCAAACCAAUAGAAACAGCAGGUAAGGAGAAAGAGCUGAAAGACAAAGAAAAGGCACACGAGCUUUACUUGCAAGUCAAGUCUGAGGUCGAACAAUGCGUCGCCUAUUUAAAAAUGAAAAGAGAGAGUGAUCCUUACAGACACUUGUUGCCAAGGAUGUUGUAUCAAGCAACACAUGGUUGGUCUUCUGAAAUUCCUACCUUUGAUCUCUAA